CCGUCAUUUCGCGACGACCAAUCGCCAUUUUCGUCUCGAGAAUUCGCCGCGACCGCUCGAAUGGCGGCGAAGCGCCGCCCUCCCACUUCCGACGCGGAGCCCGACGGAGCGGAGGCGAGCUCGGGCUCCGAACCGGAGCCUCCGACGCUACCCGACCCGAAGGAGGCGACGCGUGUAUCGAAUUACGAGAAGCAGAGGCUGUCGAGGAUCGCGGAGAACAAGAGGAGGAUGGAGGCCCUGGGCCUCCGAAACCUGGCGAGUUCCGUGAUGGGUUCGAGUCGGAAGGCGAGAAAGGGCGACGCGAAGGGCAAAAGGAAGGUGGGCGGCGAGGACGACGACGACGACAACGACGACAAGGAUGGUGAUUACGCGCCUGCUUUGGACGGCGAUGGCGGCGAUGACGAUGAUCUUAGCGUCGACGAUGAGGAGGAUGAUCGGGAUUUUGAAGUAUCUGGGUCUGGUAAGACAAAGGGAAAGAGAAAAGUGUCCAAACCAAGGAAGAAACCUCAGACCAAAAAGUUACUGAAUAAGUUGGAUUAUGUUGAUGAUGAUGCUGAAUUGGCGAAGGCCAUUGUGCUGUCUCUGCAUGAUUCUGCUGGAGUUUCAGGAACAGUGAUCUCAGGGCCUUCUAAAAAUGAGGCUGGUGUAGAUCUUAAAGGCAGAGUAGAAAAGACUCAGGAAAAUCCUAGGAUGCUGAAGAGGAGAAAAACGUUUACCAGCCGGGUGAAGAUGACUGAGGACGAGCUGAUUAUGCAUUUCUUUCAGUUUGAUGGUAAUUGAUGGUUAAUGGAGUUU